UUAUAAAAAAAAUAGGACCAGGAGGCAAGGGCAGUUCUGCUCACACUCCAUGGCCGAGGAGGCAAGGGCGCGGUACGAGAAGGCCGUGUUCAAAUUGGUGGAUCUGGAUGACUAUGCUCAGGAGGACGAAGAGUACAAGAAGCUGAAGAAGGAAACCGUAGUGCUCUUCUUCUUAGCAACAUUUUGGUACCAUCUUCAGUUCCUUCUUCUUCAGUUAGCCCUUCGAUCAGGUUGUUGCCCAGCGGCACUGUACCAAGCUGGAGAUGACUGCCAGAAGAACUAAUGUUGUACAAAUUUGAUCCAGUUAUUCAUGAAGGCAGAAGUGACAAGUACUCUAAUGUCUACUCUUAUUCAAUUAUAGUAAGGGUUCAGUUUCAUACUUAUGAGUGUAUUGUUAAGCUAAUACACAACAGACAAACAGACAUCAUGGACUAAGAACCAUUCUGAGUUAUUCUACUCUAUUUAAUUUUUUAUUUCCAAAAAAUUAAGUGAUUUAGAACUUAUGGUUGCAGCUUAACAUUUAUAUCCUUGAACUCUGAGUAUAAAUAUGAUGUGGU